AUGAAAGCGACUAUUUUUUUAGUCUUUCUUCUUUGUCUCCUAAUUGAUGCGUAUGACAAAUUUCCGAAGUGUCCACAUUAUGAUCUAACCACUGAAUUUCAAGAUAACUGUGACGUCCAUGGGGAUGAGUGUACAUCGAAAUGGGGUGAAAUCGGAGUGUGUGAUAAGGUAUGUGUUCUUAUAAAGGGAUUCGCAAAACAUUACUUAUUUGGAGAUUUGAAGAGGGUUUAUUCUUAGAAAUCAAUAUCAACCCGAAAGUUUUCGAAUCUUUGCAAAAAAAACCAAAAUAAUAGCAGCUGCCAUUUGGUUUCCUCUUUCACGGAUCUCAUACAUAUUUUCGAAUUUAUCAAUAGCCAAAAAGGCUAUUGAUAAAUUCGUUGUCAGAAUAUAAAUUGUUGCAGGGUAAAUGCUGUCCCGGUGCGUCUCUUGAUCAUAUUUUCAAAACUAAUCAAAGAUGUAUGGCAUCAAGUAUAUUUCCCAAAUUUCGUAUGUUUUGCAAAGAUGGAUUUUACCACACAAUCGGUCAAAAACACUUGACGAUUGAUAGUGAGACGUUAAAAAUAUGUGAUCGCAAUAAGGAUUGCCCCGACGGAAGUUAUUGUGUAGGAUAUUACGAUGGAAGAUGUUAUGUUAUUGAUGAACCGGAAAAAAAAGAAAAAAAAGGAAAAAAGGAAAAAAAAGAAGAUGAAGAAGAGAAGAAAACAAGUCAUGUUGAAGAAAAGGAUAAUACUUUGAUGAUUGUAAUUAUAAUUGUAUCAAUUGUAGUUUUGAUUGGUGUUGGAAUUGGUAUUAAAUUCUUAAUUUGGCCGAAAAUGAAACAAGCAAAAAUUGGUCAAAAUCAAUCAGUUGAAAAUGGACAAAAUAAGAAGAUGGAAAAGGCUAGCAAACAAAAAAACAUGAAGAAAGGAAACAAAGGAUCAAAUGUUUGA